AUGAAUAUUCUAUUAUCAACAUUAUUAGUUGUAUUGUUUGCAAGUAUUUGUGCUUCUUCAACAUUGCUUGCUGACAGCAACUAUGGUGCAUCAGUAUGGAACAAUACUAUUGAUCUUGGUUUAAUCAAUGCUGGUGGACUUGUCAAGAUCAAAUUAGCAAACAUUGCCAUUCCAUACCCAAUCACUACAUCUUCACCAGUUCUUUUGAUUGAAGCUAUGCAUGUUGUCUUGAUCAACCAAACUAGCCAACAACCAAUCAACAGAGAUGCCGUCAUCAUGUCCAACUUGCAAGUCUUUACACAAGGAGAUCUCGUCCUCCCCAUCAUGACCUUUGAUACUUCAAACUUUGUCAAUCCAAAUUGGUUCCCAUCUGGUUAUUUACUUGAAGCUAGAGACCCAAUUAAUUUAGUAAUUAAUUUAGAUUUACUUGAAGAUACAGAAGUUUCAUUGGUAUACUAUAUGAAUUGUAUUGUACCAUCAACCGAACCAAACUAUUUCCCAUUAUCGUUGUACUAUUCCGUCGCACCAAAGAACAGUAGAUUCAGUACUACUGGUACCGGUGGAUUUUAUACCAAGACAUUCAUGUUUAACUGGAAAUGGGCAGACAGUGCUAUCAUGUCGAUUCAAGGUGUUGCCUCUCCAGGUAUCCAAAGUCUUAUUCUCGCCGACUACAAUACCAACCAAGUAUACUGCAAGUCUGUAGGAUUGUACGAUCAAUCAGGUCAUUUGCAAAGCAUGGCUCCAUGUAUGAGUAACACAGUCUUGACAUUCCGUCAAUCACAACAAUUCAAGUUAUCCGCUCUCUAUGACAACUCUGAAGCUCUCGUCAGUGUUCAAGCCAACAUGCUCUUUUACUACGGUCUUUCAAAUGAAACCUUUACUGCUACUUUUAACUAA